AUGGCGCCCUCACGCGUGUCUCCACCUCCGAACAAGUCCCUCUCCCACGGUCUCACGCCCGAGCAGCUGGAAACAUGGGACCAGAAAGGCUACCUUCUCCUCCCCGAUGCUCUUUCUCAAUCCGAAGUACAGUCUCUCCUCUCUGAAUCCCGACGCAUGCUUAGCGAAUUCUCCCUCUCCGACCACCCUAUGACGCGCUUCUCCACGGGCGAGAAGUCGGACCAUGUAGGAGACGAUUAUUUUCUCACAUCUGGCGAUAAGAUUCGUUUCUUCUUUGAAGAGGAUGCGUUCGAUGGCUCGGGGAAUCUGACGAAACCGAAAGAGAAAGCUAUUAACAAGAUUGGACACUACCUACAUCACUUGAACCCAGCGUUCAAGAUCGCUUCGAUAAAUGAGAAGAACGCUGCGAUAGCGAAAGACUUGGGAUUUAAAGAUCCCAGGGUGCUACAGAGUAUGAUAAUUUGCAAACAACCAGAGAUUGGAGGUCGCGUUCCCCCGCAUCAGGACUCGGUGUUUUUGUACACGGACCCGCCUUCUGCGGUCGGAUUCUGGUACGCCCUGGAAGACUGUACCGUGGAGAAUGGGUGUCUCUCAUUUGCAGCCGGAAGCCACAAGCGAGCACCAAUUCGUGAUCGAUUCACCCGGAGUCAAGAUGGCCAAGGAACAACGUUUGGGAAGAACGAAGGAUCUGCAUGGCCGAAGGGCCUGAAACAGGAGAAAGAGAUUGAAGGUGAGAAAUACGAGUUGGGAGAGGUGAAAGCCGGGACUCUGGUUUUGAUCCACGGAAAUUUACUACACAAGAGCGAGAAGAACACGAGUUUGAAGGGAAGAAUGAUUUAUACGUUCCACAUGAUUGAGGGCGAGCACGAAUAUGAUGGGAAGAAUUGGCUUCAGCCGCCUGCCGAAGGGUUCACUGCUUUGAAUGCUGCUGUGCAAUCUUGA